CCCAACUCUGACGGCGUAAGGUCGGGUGCCGCUGUCACACACGCUAGAGAUUGAGUCCGUAACUACCAGCCAGCUGUCAAAAUGGAGGUGGAAGCGGUGAUAUAGUGUCAUUGAAGGAUAAAAGAAAAAAAAAAUCCGAAGAGGAAUUACAUGAAAAGUUUUGCAAAACAGUGAAGCGUUUCUGGAUACUUGAAUAUAUUUAUAUACAUAUAUAAGUGAAUAUCUGUGCGAUAGAAAAGAUAUAUAUUUAUAAAACGAUCAGGUGUCAAUAAAAAAAAUAUAAAAAUAUGGCUUUGAGCCCAAGAACUUUGGUGUCACUCUGUGCUUUGUUGCUGGCACACCACCUCACGGCUGCCACAGAGGAGAACACGGAGUGGGGGUGUGACUUGUCAACAGAACAGCCUUGUCGCUCCAACGCGUCCCAAUGUGUGCCUCUCUCCCGCGUUGGCGACGGCAUCAUCGACUGCCCAGACGGCUCAGAUGAAGACUGCCCUGAUGGCUGGUACGUGUGUGAGGACAGGUCGGCCUGUGUGUCGCCCGAGCUUCUGCAGGACGGCGUCCCCGACUGUUACGACGAGUCAGAUGAAGCUUGCGGUGACUGGCAGCACGAGUGUCUGUGUGGCUUUCCCCGGUGUAUCGACGCCUCGCUCGUCGGUGAUGGUAACCUCGACUGUCCUGAAGGAUCCGACGAACUGAGCAUCGACAAGAGCACCUACAUCUGUCCGUCAGAGGUGAUACAAACCUUGGAGCCUCGGAGACGUCGUCGACACACUGCUGAAGGAGUGCGAAGUGAAGUGCGGGACGCAGUCGCGACGGAGGUGUCCCCAGGUCGUGUGGAGGCUGACCGUCCCCUUGGCCUGCUGACCUCCACAGUGGGUACCUUCGUUAAUGACGGCACCACCUCCGAGUACGCCACAUUGGUAUACGGCACCAGCUUACACGGACACUACACGUCGCUGACCACAACUUCCUCGCGGGUGUUCUUUGCUUUGCCAACCCGCGUCCACAGCAGACAUCUAGAUAAUUCGACGUCCUCUGAGUUGCGGACGAGCGUCGUCGACGAUACCACAACUAUCUACACUACACGCUUUUUGCACACAAACAUUGACGGGACCAACGCCAAGCUUAUUGAGACUGUGACGGACGUUCAUUCUGAUCUUUCCAAAUCCCCCACAGCUCCCUUCAGCAUUCCUGUCCAGGGAACCUUCACAGAAGUCUCAGGAGGCCAGGAGGCUCACCUAAAGGUCAGUCUGGUCGAUGGCUCCUCGAAUUCCAGACCCGUAGCAGACGAAGUUGUGACGCUGACGGGCACACAGGGUCAGUUCAUCAAGGAUGGUCCUUCUCAGGCCACCACUUACAAUGUCUUCACUGGGUCCUACUCAAAGGACCACCGCACCUACCUCUUCUUCUUUGGUAAUACAGCUUUACCACAGAAUCCAGGGAUUGCAGGACCUGCUACAGCUUCCCAGAUCCAUACUGAGGUUGUUCUUAAGAAAGGUGGGAACCAGUCCAAGAUCUUAGUGGACAUGGAGAAGGAUUUGCAAAUGAUUGUACCAUCCAUACCUCGGAACAUCGACUCAACAGCUGCUCCAGACAUGCUUAUGGGAGAGGGAAUGGUUGACGGCCGCAUCAUGGGUGGCGUGUUCAUCGAGGGGUCUGAGGGUUUUGACAUGGAAGGCACUCAGAGCCAGAGUGGCGAGACAAGCAUGAUGACGAUCACUAUUGGUCGUCCUGUCGCCCACACCCGGGUCAUCCAGCCGGAGUUCGUCAAGCAGCCAGAAGAGGUUACGGUUCUCAGCAUGGACAACAUGCUUCAUGAGACGAGUGAUAGUGAUAAUGAAAUUGACGUGACUCUCCUCCGGGCGCGCAAGGCCCGCCUCACCAAUCAGGAUAUCAUCGCAGACCUCCGGACGUCUCGACCUCUGGAGGUGAACCUUCCCACGUACACCGUUGGCCAACCAAAUGUUCCUCUUGAGCAAGUUGUCGCACUCAGCAAAAACAUGCUGAAAAAGACGGAGAAAUCGGUAGAAAGGAGUAUGAGUGAAGGACAUCAGGAGUCGCACCAGCGUGAGGGAAAAUCCGUCACCGACAUUCGGGCUAGAUUCAACCUUGGUAGUGGAGGUGCAGAGUCUGACCUUCCCACCGUUACCUAUGUAGGCUUCGCCGACUUCACCACGAACAUCGCUGGCACCAUCGUGGUGUUUACACCCCGCUCAGCAACCCCUAAUAAAGUAGUGAAACCACCGGUGUCGAAGACCAAAGAACAACAUUCCCAAGUGACACCAAGCCCAACCCUGCCACCAGCACCGGAGCCAACCCUACCACCUGCACCAGAGCCAACCCUGCCACUUGCACCAGCGCCAACCCUGUCACUUGCACCAGAACCAACCCUGUCACCUGCACCAGAGCCAACCACUCUAGCCCCACGUCUCGCCACCUCCAGACAGAAAGAAGCGGACGUUAUCGCUGAAACUCCUUCAGAGAGCCUUACCCUUAGUACGCCGGUAAAGGAAUUUAACCACAAACUAGACAUGGAAACGCGGAUGGUCACACAAACAGAAGGGACAUUAUUACUGAAAGAAAACCAAGAGGGAAAUUCCGAUGAUGCAUUGGAUAAUGAUUUUUCCACUAUCUCUACUCUAAGAUUCAACACAGUCGACCAAUACCCUACUGGCCUCGUAUCGUCAAUUGGAGGAACUAUUGUUAGGCAGGGAAUGACUACGCUUCUCACUACCUAUGUAUAUGGUACAUACAUUCAGAACCAUUAUGCGCAGAUAGUACAGAGUACUUCAAGCAUUUUCUACCUUGUCUCUCGCUCGGCAACUCCGUCAGUACAAGUUGCUCCAUCAAUACAUGUUUCUACACCAGUACCAGUUGCUCCUUCAGUUCAAAGUGCUGCCACGGCAUUGGGUCCUGGCGUAUCAGAAGCGACUACUGAAUUCAACAAUGUGUAUGAUUAUGAGUACGAUGGCUCCACAACAGAGAAGGAUCUGACAAAGGGUGUUGAGGAGAUAGUUGACAAUGCAUUGGGACGCUCCGUGGCCUCGAGCCCCGGCCAGCAGCUGAUCGUUGACACCGACAGCGGUAAGGAAGCUAAAGGAGGAGUGCCAGCCGUGACACCUGAGCCAACGGAGAAGGAAAACCCUGCCGACUCAAUCUCCGUCUUCACCUACUACACCACCUACUUCACAGGAGGAACAACCACCGUGUCUACGCGCUUCGAGACUUCAACUCUCUUCCUGCCUUUCUUCGUUACAAAAACUACUACGGAAACCUCACCCACGAAGGUCACACCUGAGCCAUCGAAAACUUCAGCAUCAAUUUAUCUCACUACCUACACAUACUACACCACUCUCUUCGUCGACGGCUCUACACAGGUGUCUAGUCGUACUGAAGUGCUCACAAAGGAAGCUGGAGAUAGCACCUCCAGUCUCCUCCCUUCAUUCUUAUCUCCCACCCCUGCAGUGACUGCCUCUCCAGUUGCUACAACAACCACAAUGACUGUCACCACUACUACCACGACUACUGAAACGACUACUACUACAACGACUACUACUACAACAACUACAACAACAACAAGCCCCAAGCCUACUACAACCACUACGGAAGCUAUCACCCCUGAGCCUCUGACUACCACAACAACUACUGAAGCUACCACCCCUGAGCCUCCACCUACCACAACAACUACUGAAGCUACCACACCGAAGCCUCCACCAACCACAACAACUACCGAAGCUACCACCCCUGAGCCUCCACCUACCACAACAACUACUGAAGCUACCACCCCUAAGCCUCCACCAACCACAACGACUACCGAAGCUACCACCCCUGAGCCUCCGCCUACCACGACUCCUUCCCUUAACACCACAGAAGGAACGCCAAAGGAGCACGAUGACCUUACUGUGAUUGAGGCCAUCAGCGUGGACGACUACGAACCAACCACGGAGUCCGUGUUGGAGUCCUUCACGGAGUCCAUGUCUGAGAGUAUGUCCGAGUCGUCGACGGACUCCUCUGCUCAAGACGUGACGGAAGCGCCAAGAGUCGCUCUGGACUCCUCCCUCAACCCGGAGGACGAAGUGAACGCGGUCUUCUACCCUCGAACGUACUACACCACCUACACCUACUUCACCACCUUCUACCGUGCCGCCUCUUCGUCCAUCGUCAGUAGCCUCGAGACCCUCACGAACGUGGUGACCGACCCGAGUGAGCAGGAGAAGCACAAGACCUUGACUCCCGUCGUGCCUACUUACCCCGUCACCUACUACACCACCUACACCUACUGGACCACUUUCUUCAGGGAGAACGCCACCAUCUCCACCAGCUCCGAGAAGACUCUCUCGAAUAUCGUGACCCCGACCUCAAUGGCCACGAUCCCGACGGUGCAUCCUGCCGAAGCCUUCACCCCAGUAACAGAACCUUCCUCCACUACUACAACAGCAACUCUCGUCACCUCCACCCCGGCCCUGACCACCUUCUACACCACCUACACCUAUUACACCUCGACUUACGUAGGCGACCAAACCAUCGUCAACAGCCGCCUUGAGACGGUCACAAACGUCGUCUCCUCUACGCUUACGCCCUCAGUGAGUACAGUAUUGACCGAGGAACCUACGAUUGGGACAGUGGAUAAACCGUUUGGAUUCGCCACCACGGAGGAUGAACCAUUUGGAUUCGCUACCACGGAGGAUAAACCAUUUGGAUUCGCUACCACGAAGGAUCAACCAUUUGGAUUCGCCACCACGGAGGAUGAGCCAUUUGGAUUCGCCACCACUGAGGAUGUACCAUUUGGAUUCACUACCACUAACAAUAAGCUAUUUGGAUUCGCUACCACCGAGAAUGAACCAUUUGGAUUCACUGCCACUAAAGAUAAACCAUUUGGAUUCACUACCACUAAGGAAAAACCAUUUGUAUUUGCGACCACAGAGGAUCGUACAUUUGGAUUCACCACCAAUGAGAAUGAACCAUUUGGAUUCGAAACCACUGAGGAUGAACUAUUUGGAUUUACUAACACUAAGGAUAAACCAUUUAGAUUUGAGACCACAGAGGAUCGUACAUUUGGAUUCACCACCACUGAUAGUAAACCAUUUAGAUUCACCUCAGCUGGAAUUAAACCGUUUGGAUUCACCACCACUGACGUCACUACAUUUGGAUUCACAACAACUGACGUUAAUCCAUUUGGAUUCACAACAACUGACGUUAAUCCAUUUGGAUUCACAACCACUGAAGUUAAUUCAUUUGGAUUCACAACCACUGAAGCUAAUCCAUUUGGAUUCACAACCACUGAAGCUAAUCCAUUUGGAUUCACAACCACUGAAGCUAAUCCAUUUGGGUUCACAACCUCUGAUGUUAAACCAUUUGGAUUCACCACCACUGAUGUUAAACCAUUUGGAUUCACCACCACUGAUGUUAAACCAUUUGGAUUCACCACUACUGAUACACCAUUCGGAUUCACCACCACUGAGGAAAAUAUGUUUGAACUCACCCCUACUGAGGAUGAUUCUUUUGGACUCAACACCACUGAGAAUAUACCUUUUGGAUUCACCACUGCAAAUAAUAAUGUAUUUGGAUUCACAACAGACGUCCCCGACGAGUCCGAGCCUGACGUGAUGGCUAAAACUAAGUCAACUGGCCUUCUCUCCACCAUACGAGGCAGCACUGUUGUCGACGGCACAACCACAGUCUUCUCGACAAACAUCAUUGGUACUGUUGUCGACGGUCUGUAUGCCCAGAUUCAGUCAACCACCAGCUUCAUCGUCCUUCCGUCGGAGGAGGAAGAGGCACCAGGAUUCUUCUUGGCGUCGCCCACUAAAGAGACUUCCCCUAGCCUGCCGUUCUUCUUCCUCCCCACAGCCAGCGAGGACGUUGAGCCGUCACCGGCAACUCUCGCGCCCAUCUUCCCUCUGGCUACGAAGGUGAGCGAAGAUGAUGUUCCGGUCACGCAGCCGGCUCUGUUUGUAACACCAGUACUCGACUCCUCUCUGGUUGAUCUCACAGCUGACACGCCGGCUGUGGAUACUGCCACUGAAGCUCUACCGGAAGAUGACACUACUGAAGAACCGGAAAAGGAUGUCGGUCCCUUGCUUGGUAAAACGAAGACUAAAGGCAAUUUCCCAUCAACCAGCCGCAAUCAAUUUCCUCUGCGUAUUCCAGGUUCUCGUAGCAGACGUCCAGAUAUAUUGCCCUUCUUGAGGCGCACGUCCGUCCGUCCGCGCCCGGCAACCAUCACCAGGGAUGGUGUGACACCCACAGUGACAGCGACUCCUGCAAGUACCUUAGAGGAGGAAGAUAAGCUUACAACUAGUACCCGUCCAUUCCGGUUUGGUUUCGUGGAUUCCACAACUGCCCGCACAUCCGCAGCUCCAUCCUCUGUCCGCUUCCGCUUUCAGUCCCCAGGAUCAGUAAUACCCACUGGAUCCUCUCGUCCCGGAUUCUUUGGCUCGGCAAGUAUUAGACACAGUUCCCCUGGGUUCCGAUUUGGUUCAACCGGUGUAAGUCACUUUGGUGGCUUGAGCAGCCCGGGAAGCUUCAGACAAGGUGGUUCUCGCUCUUCUGUCUUUCCAGGAGCUAGCAAAGUUAUCUCGCCCUCCUCAGUGCUGCACAAGGUGAAAACUACGGUUGCUCCUGAGUCUGACCUCACGUUCUUUGAUGAAGAAGACGAAUCCGAUUUCUUCACGCCUUCUUCCAACAACCCUCAGGCAGGGUUCCGCCAGUUCAGUUUUCGACCGAGACAGCCGGUAGACACACCAGGUACAAGGUCGACGAUUCCUUUCGCCCUGCUUAACCGUCGCCCAGGAAGCACAACGCCGCAGAGAGAACCACCAACUGCAAGUAGAUUCUCUCCAGCUCCAAAGUCAUUGGAUGAGAUAGACCAUUUUGAGGAAGAAGAACCAUUUAUAAAUCCAACAACUCCAGCUCCCUCGGCCGGCUUCCGCAUCAACCGAGUGAACCUAGAAGAGCGUAGACGCAGCCAUUUCCGACAAAGCAGGCCAGACUUGUCCAAAUUAUUCCCUCGCAGAAAUUCGGCGAAAUCUGAUCUUGACAACGAAGCCACAAAGGUUGCUCCAGUGUUUGUUGAAGCCGAUGGCAGAUUCCUCACGCCAGAAGAACUGGAGGAAAUACUAGCGGAUGAGGUUGUGCCAGAAGAGACAUUAAUCAGAAAGAAACGUCAGGUAAGCGAAUUUGGAAUGCGCACUUCAUCUAGAGGAACAGCCAGACGUGCAGCAGCUACUAGAGGAAGCAGUCGCUCAAGAGACUCAUUACCCUUACCACCUCGUUCAACAGCUUCCGCACCAAGAAUUACAAAUGGAAAGCCUCGUUCUCCAGCUCCAAAUGGAAAGCCUCGCGUCACAGCUCCAACACCAACACGAAAGGAAGGUGGAUCACAGUUCACUCUGACUAAUGCACGAUCAAGGGGUCGCGUAGCAGCCCCAGAACCGGUGGAAAAGCCUGCUGAGGAGUCGAAACCUGAGCCAGCAAAACCUGCAAGACCCUCAAGAAGUCGCACGUCACUACCAACUAGACCUCGUGCCUCUAGGACUCGUGCGACUGUUCCUUUAGGCAACAUACGUGGUCGAGGAUUUAGAAGACCCUCAACAGAUAACAAUGUACGUACCUCUAGUAAGUUCACGCCUCCAAGACAAUCAAGUUCUCCAAUUAGAAGGCCACCGUCAACAAUGAAUUCAAGAAAUGGUGAUAACCGUGUUCGAAGGCCUGCCGCAAAUCGUAAACCUCCUGCUGAAAGCCGCAAACCUCCUGCCACAAAUCCUAUUAUGGAGUUCAGAAACAGACCUUCACCCCCUAUUACAACAGAGGCUCCAGCCAUCUUCCCAAGCGAAGACGGAGGCUUUUUAAUUCAGGAUGAACUUACAGUCACGCGGGAGACACCUGUAAAGGCGACGAUCCCCCUGGUGGAAGAUGGUGUGACGGUACAAAAAGAGGUCAUUACAGCUUCCUUGCAAACGGAAAUUGUCCAGCCAGACCAAAUAACUCAGACUGAGAUCGAUGGUGCUAUUAAGCUGCUACUCAGCACAGUUGAUGGCGGCAACGAAAUUACCCACUAUGUGGUGGACCCAGUAGAGACUACCUCAGUUACUUUCACGCCCACCUUUAUCGGCGGCCGUCGCACCUCUGCGUCCGUCGUCCUUCCCUCUACUGCCUACAAUGUUGUCACCAUUGUUAAACCAAAACAAGGAGGAGACAUACAACAGUUGCUACAGUUGCUUCUGGCCCAGCAACAGCAACCACCACAGAAUCCCCUUCUAGCAGCCUUGGGUCUUGGUCAGCCGGUAACCAGUGAAGUGGUGCACACUCGCUCCUAUGUCACUACUGUCACCAACGUCGUAUCUACGGCCAUCCCCAUCAUCUUUCGCGGAAAAACCAUCCAGACCACGAUUGUUGAGUCUGAAGUGGAAGUCGUGACGGCAACAGAACUAACCACAGAGACUGUCAUAGCCCAUGCUUCACCUGGGGCUCUAACUAAUGCCAACCCUUUGAAUCAGCUUUUGCCGCUCCUUCUUCAAGGACAGCUUCAGCAGCAAACCCCUCAAAUCAGACCAACACGUGAGCCUUCCAUAGACGCUUCAAAAGUUGAUCCUCAGCUGUUGGACCAGCUCUUAAAACAGCAGCAAAACGGAAAGACAGUCAACCAGCGAAGGGCCAAACCCGACCCUGCACCCACGCCUUCGCCGGUAGAGACAUCUGUUGUUACCUUGUAUGUGUCGGGCAGGAGACCCGGAGAAUUCUCCACCAUUCUCUCCACCGUCACCGUUUCUGGAGAUGCCACUAGAAGGAAGCGAGGUUCUCUUAACACGAAAGACGUCCAGGCCACCAUUCUUCCUCAGUACAUUGAGACGGACAAGGGUCUCUUUCAACUCCCUGACACUUACGGUGAAGACGACAUUGACUGGUUCAUUGUGUCUGCCAUGAAUGAGAUAGAUACCAAUGAUAUUAGUAAAGUAACACCAAGUUUGGAGUCUGUCCUGGGAGAUUUGGCACAGUACGCCGAACAGACCCCAUUAAUUCUCCACAACGGAACUCAUUCAUUUAAUACACAGCCUUUUUUAUGGGAGGGCCCCGCUGAGUCAGCCCCGCUCAAGCGGAAUGUUCGGAGUGCACAACGGGGCACAUCUGGCCUUCCUGCAGCUCGGAAGAUCCAAGAUGGAACACUAGAUCAACAAAUCGUUCUAAACACUGAUGGCAAAGGCUUAUCCAGAGAUCAGUUUAGCGUUUCAGAUUUGCGACUGCAGAAUCGUCUCGUUUCGGAACAGGUGCACCAGCUGCAAGCUCCAACCACUUACUUCACAACAUUCACCUACUACACCACAUUGCUGGACGGCUCUGGGAAAGAGUUUGUUCAGAGCUCAGAGGAGACCAUUACGCAGUUGGCUACACAUGACAAUAUUCGCUUUGAUGAAUUAACCAGAAUAGAUGAUGAUGGACCAUCUCUCUUAAAUGGAGUUCCAAUUCAAGCCAAGUUCACUCUGGAUGAUGCUAUUAUCCCAGGAAAACCGCGCCCAGUGCCUGAUCCGGUGUUCACAGAGCCACCGCCACCAUUCGGGCCAAUCGUUCGUCAUUUUGUCCCAGGGGAGCCCACUGAUCCAGAUGACUUUGUAGAUUCACUCGUUAACGACGAUCCUCACACACAGCAAGGUACACAACUCUCAGGGAGCGUAGUUCCCGCACCAGGGCGUGAACACCUCAACCCACAACUAGUCAUUCAUCCAGAGUUAGAAGAAUCAUCACUCAGAGACACAAAUACUGGUUCCCGGCAGAAGCCCCGCCUUGUUGUCCUGACCCGAAAACGGCCAGUGCAGCACUCGGUGGCAGACGACCGUGUCAGAGCUGUUAUCAUGCGGCGCCGUCCUGUGAACCAGAUAAGUAGUGAUGAACCUGAUUUGACACAGCAUCUUGAUGAACAGCCUCUUACACCUACCAGUACACUUACACAAACCACACCAUUACUCCCCGUGAUUCCAGUGCCCGAAAUUCAGGACAAUAUUCAGGCUGAAAAUGUCCAGGACUUUGUAGAUUUCAAAAAAUUAGAUAGUCUACCCACCGAGGCGACGCAUGAAAUAAUGGAAACAGAGGAACAGGACCUGGUUGACGGGGCGGUGGACGGCAGUCCAGGAAGCAAUCAUCGAGUCCGUGUCACUGUUACCAGCCGGCGGCGGGUGCAGCUGACCAGCACUGUUGAAGAGGACAAGACCAUGACACUUCCUGGUGGUGGUCGACGUGUGGUUGUGACCCGUCUCCUUCCUCAACCCACUGUGGUUGCCAGCCCUCUGCGUCCUCUGGUGGCUACUGUUAAUACAUACUACACUGUUUAUUCCUACCUAUAUACCCUCUAUGAGAAUGCCACACCUUACUCAGUGUCUACAAGAGAGGUUACGGUGUCCAAUAGGGUAGAACCCACUGUUAUCUCCGUCUUGCCGACGUUCCAGACAGGGACAGCAGUUGGAGGCUUUUAUACACUGGAAACUGGAACUAGUGUCGCCACCUUGGGAGAGCGUGUCCUUAAAUCUCUUACUACACAAAUUUUCCUUGCCUCUGCAACCUUGAUUGAAUUGACUCCUGAAGCCAUAAAACAAAAUGAGGAAGCCGAACAGAGGUUAGCAACCUCAGAAACUCCUGAAGCUAGUACUUCUUCAACUCCUGAAGCUAGCACUUCUUCAACUCCUGAAGCUAGCACUUCUUCAACUCGAAGACGCCCUACUUCCUCAGUGACUCUCCAGUCCUCUCUGGUAGAAGAUGAUCCUAUAGCACCCACAGACACUCCUUUCCUAACCACUAGCAGCUUCAGAUCCACUCAGGCGAGAAGUGAAGCAUCUCAUCAGAGAGAAGGGGAAAGAUCUACACCUAUAUCACUUGACGAUAUAACCGUUACUUCAGAUGAAGGGGUUACACCCUCAAGAGCUGGUGUUAGAGACCGUGGUAGAGGUACUCUCAGAUUCUCUGAUCCACGAAAACGUGUUCGAGUUACUGUCACCAAGCGACGUCCUGUUACCCCUGUUUCUCAGGAUCCAUCAGAUGCACUUAUCGCAGACACUUCCGAAGAUGAAAUUCCGUCUGAAACUCCUGAACUGGCCCGGGAGCUUCCAGCCCUCGAUGAUACACCUACAGAGCCUGAAGUUGUGGAUACAGAGGUAACUUCAGAACCCCCAAGUCAUCAAGAAAAACCAUCCACAUCACCACCAUUCCGAUUCUCUCAUAUAGGACCCAGAAAACGUCCAGAUACUCCACCUUCGCGAUCACCUCAGGACAGAUUCACCCCUCAUCCUCUUCCGGAUGAAGACAGGUCCACUCCACGACCUCCUCCAGGUGAAGGAAGGUUUACACCACGACCUGAUCCGGGCGAAGAAAAGUUUGCCCCUAGACCGUCUCCUGAUGAAGAUAAGUUUGCAUCACGACCUCCUCCAGUCGAGGAAAGGUUUACACCUAGACCAGUUUCAGGUGAGGGUAAGUUCACACCACGACCAGAUGAAGAGAUAUUCAUUCCAAGGCCAAUACCAGGCGAAAAAGCAUCACCAGAAGAGCCUGUACUUGAAGACGUUCACGAAGAACCUGGGACCGAAGCACCUAGACCCACACCAACGCCUACCCGUCCAACUCGACCUCCUCGAACGUCACUUCGCAGAGACGACAUCCCCAUUAUUCGAAGGCCAGGAUUCGAGCGUACAUCGCGUCCGUUCGUAUCGCAGCAGGAUUUGAAGAAGACUUCAACUACAGAUGAGCACCGCCUUAGGUUCACACCAGCACCAGAACCAGAGGUCAAAGCUGAAGUUUCCGAAGCCCCAUCUGUCGACCCAACCAAGGAACCCGAAACCACUGAUGGAGAAUAUGGCUAUGAUUAUUAUGAUGACUAUUAUUAUGAUGAAUAUCCAGAGACAUCAACGACUGAUGGACCUGUGGAAGAGGAGGCGCACCUUCCUGAAGCAGUUCAGGAUCAACAUCUGCCGCCUCUUAUUGAAGAAGAUCCAGUUACUGAGGCUUCUCCGCCUGUUCUGAAACUGAAACCAAAGUUUGUGAGGCCGUCGCACUUCGAUGUCAAGACAACUGCUUUUGACGUUACUGAUGCUCUGAAGCGAGAACGAACCCACACUAAAUUCGUUCCGUCGACUCGAACGCGCACCACAGCCAGCCGACAGCAUCUGCCAACCCAGAGUGAAGAACCCAUUACCGCUUCUAAUGUCGUAUUCAGCACUUACACCACCACCACACUUCUGCCCAUCUUGGGUGGUGAACGGUCGAUCACUCUAACUAUCCUUACCUCUACCCUCACCACCCUGGCCGAGGACCAGCUCCACCUCAUCACUGACUCUCCUGAACUGUUCGAUCCGUCUCUGGCCACGGCGACAGCCACGACUACCCUUUCCGCUCCUCCGCCCUCUCUCGCACCUUCUUCCCCUGUGGUGGAUGACACCCAGGCAACCUCGGUGACCGACACGCUAUCUGAGGAAGCCGAGGUCACCUCUCCCGCCCACAUUGAUACUGGCUCCAGUCUGCCACUCCCGGAGACCUCUAAGGCAUUCGGGUUCAUACGCAGCUCACCCAGCGUCUUCCCAGGGUCAGAACACGGGUCGGGUCGGGCAGUGGUUGGACCUUCCGGCUCUAACGUGGUGGAAGGGGCGCUAGAGCCGAGCCCAGGGGAGCAGCGCCUAGGGGCUCGCUUCAGCAUCGGCGCCCGUCACAAUCUGGCCACCAAGGUCAUGAGUAACGGCGUCGAGGUCAUUGUCGCCGGAGAUAAAACCACGUCGCCGAUUCCUCAGGAACAUAUAAUUACGAACAACUUCGACAAGUUCCGACGCCCGAUCACGCUGCCGCCGUCAACGUUGUCGGACCACAUGAUGCUCUUCGCUUCAGCGGAAACUGAACACCCGAAGGUCACCCAGCUGGCAGGUGGUGACGAUGGAACCCACCAGACCACCACCUACUUCACCACCUACACCUACUACAACACCUUCCGGGCGGGCAACAGGCCCUUCGUGGUCACCAGCAAGGAGACGGUCGAGAAUGUGGUAACUGUCCCCAUCCCCGAAGCGGGCAACGUUAUAGAGAGGACAGAGGUGACUUUCGAUACUCACACGUACUACACAACUCAGACCUUCACUCGAACAGUAGGCCAGGACACGUCUGAAAGAGUAGUGACGUCGAAGGAAAUCCUUACCCAGGUGGUGAUCACAGAGGCGCCUUCGGUAGAGCGGUCGACGGCCGUACCCACCAGGUCCUCCCUCGUCGUCAAGACUUACUUCACAACCCUCACCUACUACAACACUGCGAUAGCCGGCGUCUCCACUGUCGUCAGCACCAGCACUGUGGUCUCGUCGGAGGUUGUGACUGAAACAGCCUACGUGACCGGUACUCCAAGUCUUGGAGGGGUGGGCGGGUUCGAUUUUACGCCCACACCAGCCGUCAAACCAGUCGCAUCACUCGACGCCGAUCAGGACGAGCUUGUUCUGUACGUCACCAAGACUAUCUACACCACCCUCACCUACCUCACAACUAUCUUGCAAGGCAGUAAUACCGUCACCACUUCCAGAAUUGAGAUCACGUCAAAUGUUCUCACGGAACCUUUGAUAUCUGCAUCAAAUUCUGAGGAGCUCAUCUCCUUCAAGAGCUCUUACUUGUCGACGCCCACAGAGGUCAGCGGAUCACAGCCAGAGACAGUCAGCUAUAUCAAAAUCAGGGACAAUGUUUACAAGCAGGUACGCACUUUCUUCGCUACAUAUACACACUUUACCACCCUGCAAAAUGGUGCAAUCCAUUCAAGACUUGAGACCAAGACACAGGUCUUUACCUCUACUGUGACCACCACAGGUGUCCCCGCAUCGCUUCUCGUCAGUCCUACGAGCCAGUUCGAGCGUCCUUCCAUUAGAACAACUACAAGGGUUCCAUCUCUAGGCACAACCGCUGGUGUCCAGCUCGACCCAUCGUAUCUGUCGUCAUUGAGAAGUUCCAUUCUGGCGGGCAAACCUUCGUCUACACCACCUGGCCCGAGUGAGGAAGAAGGUCUUCAAGCUACAGUUUUAGUCAAGGAGGGCGAUCCGUCAGGAACCUUCGUGGCGAGCGACUCCACAACAUCAGUCACCUUACUCGUGCGACCCUCCGAAGACCUCUCGACGUCCGUGUUGACUGGGCAGACAAUUGUUAUUUUUGACUCUUCAUAUCUCUCUUCUCUGAAGUCUUCUUACCUGGCCUCCGUCUCUCCCGACCAAUCCUCCUCAGCGUUGCCCAUCAGUCCGACAGUGUUGGCGCCGUCACCCACCAUCGACCCAGAUGUUACUAAUCCAUUACCGGUUACCACCUCCGAAUAUGAUACCACGCCGGAAGUGACAGAUGCUCCCUUGUCGGAUGUAACUGUGUUCCCAGCAGAAGACGAGCUGACGGAUGCCUUGACUGAAGCGCCAUCUACAGGCAAACCUCCUCCCAUUGCACAUCUACAUGCCGUAGAUCCUGUUCCAGAUGCUCCCGCCCCUGUUGUUUCUGCUCCUGCACCUAUUCCUUCUCCUGGUGGUGAAGCUACUUCUGAAGGAUUAAGUAUCACAGACUCCAACGACGACGGCCUUGACUUUGACCUAGGUCCAAUGUUUACAGCUGUUGCAGGUAUCAUACGCAACAACCUCAGCAACAAGUUUAUCAACUCGAAGUCAGAUGCCGACAACCGCAGGAAAAUCAAUCCUCCUAUUCGCCCCUCCAACACUCUCAUCGCGGCUCAGCGAGAGCCGCUGCUCAUUCCAAUUGGUGGAGUAGGAGCCUCCCUCAGCAGCUCUCGUGACCGUACUGAAGAUCCGGAACAUGGCUUCAUCCCUCUGAGGCGGCCUGACAUUCCCCUUCAUGGCCAACCAAGAUUGCCUGCAGGAGCUCAGACACCAUCCAGAGGAUUUGCCGCUCCAAGCUUAAGUCCUGGUUUUAUAAGAAUUUCUCCUGGGAGGCCAAGUUCUCAGCUGCCCAGCUUCUCAGUCCCGAUCAAUAUCGAUGAAAUGGAGGGCUUCGGUCCAACGUUCCUGCCUCCUAAUACACAGUUGGGCUUCACUGCCAUGACAGCAGACCCUCUUGGACCCACUCGGGUGUCGGUUAUUUCCGGGUCGCCAACCAUUUUCUUCGGGGGUGUUGGUCCCAAUGAUCUGCCGCCGCCGGGUCAGCCAGCUCCCUUACCGCCUCAGGGACACCAAGUUGAGCGUGGCACUGUUUUCAUACAUCCCAGUCACCCGGCCAUGCAAGACGAGACGAGGCCAGUUCCUGUGCCAAUUCGUGUUCCAUUACCUGGUGACGGAGGAACCAUUCACCACUCUGAAGUCCCCGAAUCUGCCGGAGACCAGGUGGCAGCAGGAGACGCUUACCCACAACUUGUGUCAUCCAGGCCGCCACCACACCACCCUCAACCAUCAAGAGUCGGACCACAGACCAUUGUCAGUAUAGAAGGUGAUAAUCGCAUCGUCGGAACGCAAGUCAUUCACGCCCAUCCUCCCCGGCAGCAGCAUUCACAGCCGUCCAUCAUCGUGUCUCCAGCCGGCGGAGAGUUCGUCCUCCACUCCACGGUGGGUAUUGGUCUGCUUACUGGUGCUCACGCAGACGAGCGGCCCCAGCCACCACCACCAGAGCUCGAGAGUACUGUCGUGUCUGGGGCAGAGACCAUCAUGCUAGGUCAUGGUCUCAAUAGCGGACGCACAACCAUCGUUCGCGGCUCCUCCACCGUCAUGUCCGGAGCCACCACCAUCUUCGGGUCGUUGUUUACCCGGCCGGCAGCCAAUAGUGAACCUGAAGGUGAUCUAACUUCCGUAGUGACCGGACCUGAAGGUACUCCGACCCGUCUCAUCACCCGUGUGGAGACUUCAGCCCGCACCAUCACUGCCACGCGUACCGAAGUCGUUUUCACCCUGGGAGUAACGUCCACUCUGACGGAGGUCAUCCGCAGCACUCUGCCACUCCGCACUAUCGUCACCACUAUCGUUGGCACGACCACCCGCGUCACCUACAUCACCGCCACCGCAGGCAUCGCUCCCUCAGACGACAGUGACCCCACCACAUACCCACCUGGCUCACCUUUUGACCCAGCUAACUACCCAUCCUUCCCCCUGGACCCUCAUCCAACUGAAGGCACUGAAUUGCGUCUACCUGGGGAAGCGGAAGUGGUUCUGAGUGAAGCUACGCUAGGCAUCGCAGAGGAUAACGAAAUCAGUCGAGUAGUUGAGAGCAAAAGCCCCGACCAGGAGAUCAACAUGGGAGGACCUAUGAGUGCCCCUGUGUCAAAGUGUGAGCCACAGUGCUCCGCUGCCCGCCAUGAGGUCUGCAGGGUGGUGCGAGGUGCCCAUACCUGCGUCUGCCGCGCCGGUUAUUCCCGCAAGAGCGAUUAUGACGCCUGUAAAAUCUCCCUAGCCUUCAACCUCCAAGUCGUACUCGACCGGAUGAGUGGUGUUGAGCUGGUAUACGACCCUGUACUAGACAACACCAGCCACCCCAUCACCCAGGACCUCUCCGACAUCACCGUCCACGGUAUAGGUCAAGCCAUGCAAGACUCCAUGCUCGGCCCGCGAUUCCACGGGGCAACAGUCACCAAAUUUACUAAUAUCAAGGAAAUGAUCUUGCCCCCCUUCAUGGCCCCAAUGGAACGCGGGUUAGUAGCAGACAUCAAGGUAGAGCUCUCGAGGACAAACGAGGGUGAUACAUUUAACGACGACUUGAACGAGUCUGUAGUGAGAGAGGCCCUGGAACUCUCCUUGAAGGACGCCAACUUCUCUCUGGGAGAUUCCGAUAUCGUUGCUAACAGGAGGGUGUCGGUGUUGGCGUCCCAGGACUUCGACGAAUGCUCUCACGAGGAACACAACGAUUGCUCCAGCAACGCCAAUUGCUUUAAUACUCCUGGCUCCUUCCUCUGCGCCUGCAGGGAUGGUUUUAAAGAUAUGGGUAACCUGCCCGGACGGCAGUGUGCAGUGCAGACAGAGCAGUGUGCCAGAUGUAACUUCCAAGGCGAGUGUGUCUCUCAGAUUGACGGCUCAACAGGGUGUCGAUGCCUCCAGUGGUUCAGUGGCGAUCGCUGCCAAAUUAACCUCAGAGUUUUGCUUAUCGUGCUGGUGACGGUGGGUUCCCUGCUGAUCCUGCUGUUGCUGCUCUGCUGUGCUCUCUGCUGCAUUCGGGCUAGACGCAACACAAGGAAUAAACUGGGACAGAUGCCUGGCGCCCCUACAUUCUUGAGGGCUCGAGGAGCAGGUAUGACCAGCACUCUGGACCGUCGAGCCAUGAUUCAGGAGACCUCCUCUGAGAGCUCCGUCGAUCACUCCCGCCUCCACGCCACCUCCUUCAGGACACCACGAAGCUACGAGAAGCAGGAGCGAGUACCCCGGGCCCCCAGAUCAGAGAUGAGCAUUGGACGACUCUCCCACGCGUCCUUCGCCGAGGACCGCUCCGUCGGGGUGCACACCACCCUCCCGCCUGUGCUGAUACCUCGAGUGAAGGGACCAGCGCCUCCCCGCCCCGCCGUCGUGAGCCGAGGGCAGAACGGUGAACCUCGAGUGAUGAUUGGAGCCGACGCUCGUUCCGACCUCGCCAGCUCCCAGCAGGCCUUCGUCGACCUCCUUGACCAGCCGGCUCCAGCCGCUUCCGCAGCGGGCAACAGGUCCAGCAGGAGGGAGAGUAUUACUGCCGCUUCAAUCCACAGCAGCUGCGCCAGGAUCAACCGCUCCAGAUCACAGUCCAGAGAACGGCUGGAUGAUAGCUUCCUCCACCAACUUCAUCCACAAGGCUCCGUCAGGUCCCACUCCACUGAUAGACUUCACCACAGCAACCACGACCGUUCCUCUGAUAGACUUCACCACAGCAACCACGACCGUUCCUCCGAUAGACUUCACCACAACAACCUCGACCGCUCCUCUGAUAGACUUCACCACAGCAAUCACGACCGUUCCUCCGAUAGACUUCACCACAGCAACCACGACCGCUCCACUGAUAGACUUAACCACAGCAUCCACGAUCUCAACUCUGAGUUUGGGGUUAACUUUUCCUUCAGAGGAGACGGUGAAAGGACCAUGAGCAUGGCCCGCUCCUACGACGAGACCACAGUGAGGCCCCCGAUCAGAAGCCUGGGAGCCGACAGCUUCUACUCCUCCAAGGCUUUGUCUUCUCAGCAUAUAUCCGACGAACACCAGACUAUGGCUGAACGAGACGGCGGAUCCACUGUUGUCUACCCCCAGACAGAACUCUACCGGCCUGUCCGUGAUUCCGACUCGCUGAGCGACAUGAGCGAGCAGCACUCCAAGGUCGCCUCCAGCAGAGCAGCCUCCCGAAACUUCUUCUCCUGAACCACAACGUCUUCACCGCCGCCGUUGUCGCCACCAACCCCCGCAGACGAUUCAGGGUCUGCGUCUGCUCAUCCUGACACAGGGAAAACAGAGGAGAGGGAGGACGUCUCUUGAGCCCGCUAGUCUUCGGCAGCAUUGUAUGCUGGGGUGUAUAUUUGUGCUUUUUGUAAACAGGUUUUCUUGGUAUAUAAUUGGAACUGACGUGAUUGGCUUCGUGCGUGUUGUUACUACUGAAGCCAAGAGGUUUACUUUGUGUCUGGUGGUGCUAAUGAAGGUCGCUACUAGAGACUAGAUCUAGCUACGAAAAUUAAAACAGUGGCGGAAAAGAUCCAAAUCGAAUCACAGCUUCCCAAGGCUAGUGGGAGCGGCGAGGCCUCUCUCCUCGAAAAGAAUUUGCAUAUAGUGAAAUAAGAACAUAACAAACAGAAGCAAAACCAGAAGAUAAAUAUAUAUAUAGAUAUAUCUACUUUUUUACCACUCUUUGUGUAGUUCGUCCACUCGCUCUCUGCUCUGGAGAUAAGGGGUGCAAAGCCAAAAUCUAAAAUGGCUACAACGCCAUUAUUUUAAGUAGUUUUCUCCUUCAAUUUUCAGAGGUGCUUUUGGACUUGGCCGACAUAGAGUCACAGGCCAUAGAGGAAGGUGGGGUGGCGUCCCCACCCCCUCUUGUGUUUCUUCUCCAACCUUGCGUGGUGAAUAUCUUCUCCUGAAGCAAAAUAGGUCACAAAUUGGCUUGAGAAAUAAACUAGCAUUUGCUCAAGGCAGCUUCAUAAUAUUUAUUUAUUUUUGAUGCAGCAGUUGAUAUAUAUAUAUACAUAUGUAUCUAUUUUUUUCCUUUUUCAUCUGUUUGCUAUCAUAUAUUAACUAAAUGAGUGCUGAAGCCAGCACUUCAUACUUUUAUUAUUUUGUGACCUAAUUUGCUGACCCCCAUAUUAUAUAUAUAUAUAUAUAUAUAUAUAUAUAUAUAUAUAUAUAUAUAUAUAUAUAUAUAUAUAUAUAUAUAUAUAUAUAUAUAUAUAUAUAUAUAUAUAUAUUGUUAAUUAAAGUUUAUCUAUAUUUUGUACUUAUAAAUAAUUGUUACUUUACCUUUUAAUGUUCGGUGUAAAGUCAAAAACUUGUUACAUUAGUUCACUGUAAUUACUAAUAGUAUAAUUUUAGAAAGCAUUCAUUGCCUGAAGAUUACAUCUGAGGCAGAAAUGAAAGAAAGUCUCCUUACUUUCUUCAGAGAGAACGAUUCUCUUUACUGUAUUCUCCAGCCACUGAACUUUCAACUCUCUAUUUUGAGUUGAACAUCUUUCGUCAUAGCUAUUAUGAAAUGUAAAUAGAUUCCUUGUAUAUAUAUAUAUGUUUAACAACGAUCAUAUGUCUGGCUGGUCCAAGCGAACUGUACUAUCUUAGCCCACAUCUCUUAUGGCCACAUGCUUGAUGAGUUAGCCGGUCUGCGGUUAUCCUUUCCUCAUCAGACGCAUCUUAAACUUACUUUUAAGGCCGUUUUUUUAAGGACAGAAGCCCUUUAGAACUUAUCUAAACUUUGUUGACCAAGAUAAUUCAAUAGAUUGUGUACAUUAAGAGAGAGAAAAAAAGAGAAUUUAAGGAUUCAAUGUAUUAGUUUGAUUACAAUCAUGGACCAUCUUCUACUUGCCGGUGAUCUAGCAAUUGUGCCUCUAAUUUAGGGUUGAACCUUUUUAAUGUGAACCCCUUAGAUUAUCUGGUACCAUAAGAGCAGUGGUGGGCGAGACUUCGGCUAAUCUACGUCCGACAGUGUUUGACAUCAAUAUCAUAUAACCGCGUAAAAAGAACAAAAUAUGGUGACUCCCCCAUUUCUUCAUAACUCUUCUACCCUGUAUACAAUAUUCCCAUUGAAUUAAAUCCGAGACUAGAAUUUUGGGGUAACUUGCGAUACAUGGGAAGUUUUAAGUCUACGAGCCAUUUAUAAAGCAUAUAUUUUAUGGUGCCAGCAUGUAGGUUGGGAGUUGGCACUGGCUCUUGCUAGAUCGUGGUGCCUCAGUGCCGUUCUUCCUAUGGAAACGUAGCAUCAAAGUCAAAACUUGUUUUUCUUCUUUACUGUGUGCGUGUAAUGGCCGCUUCAUCCGGGAGAACGGAGCCAAGAAGGUUGAGAUAGCAUAUAAGUGUCCAGCCCCCGUACUGUAUAAACAAAUAAUAAUCACUUUUGUGCCAAACAGAAGCACGUCCAUUUCUUAGGGUCCAAACCAACUUCCGUCUCCAUCUAUGUAAUAUAAUCAUCCUUCCAAACAGGUGUUUUUAGUGCUGAACCUGUAAUUUUCGUCGCCUGCUCUGAUGCUCUUGAAGUUGUAUUGAUACGAAAGCUGUACAAUGUAGGGUUAUCAAUACUAACGGCGGGAGGCCAUCACAGCAGGGACCUCUGGACCUGCCCAAGCACAUGUACCAGCUUGCUCCAUUUUAUUAAUAAAGAAUACAUAUUCGU